GUGAAAUUUAACAAUAAUUCUGAUGAAAUCUUUUUCAACUUGAAUGUGUAAAAAUAUUAUUUGUUUUCAUACCUUAUGUGCAUAUAGAAUUUGAACGAGUAGAAGUAAUUUCUAUACGUCUAUUGGAAUGUGCAUCGAUAUUAAUCAUUAAUCAAUAUGGCGCAUGUUGAUAUGACAAUCUGACAGCUGUGUUUUCGUUUUGUCUGAAGCGAAACGUAACGCAAAAUUGUAUGAUGUUUAUUUUACAUCUCCAAUAAAUUAGAAAUAAGCAAAUAUGACGAGACCAUUCGGUAACAGUGAAAAACGAUUUUCAAUCGACGACGCGUUUGAAGAAGAGACUGAUGAGGCCAUUAAAGUAUACGGUUCGACGGUUGAUAGAUCUCCUAUACACAACAAAUUUAAGAAUGGAGGUGAUUCAGGCUUAUCCAGAACAUACAAAUGUGCUGACGACACCACAUCCCGUGACUCAGACUCACUCAUACAUGAAUAUGUGGAAGCUUCUCAGUCCGUCUACUGCUGGAACCACCCUAAAGUCAGAGAAAACUGGAAAACAGUGUUUGCAGCUGUCAUACUCCUUGUAGUGGGAGUAGGCCUUCUCGGCAUGGGUGCAUUUGCUGUAGCCGAACCCGAAAAUGGUCUCCAAGGUGCUGUAUUUUUUGUAGCUGGAAUGAUUUGUUUCGUACCUGGUGCGUAUCAUGUUGUCUACAUCUGGCUAGCUGCCCGAGGACAAAGAGGCUACGAUUUCUACCACUUACCAUUAUUUACUUGAAUCAAAUUUUAUGGGGAUGUAAAAUCAAAAAUUUGUAAUGAAAGGAAUGACUGAUGUAUGUGAUUUGCUCUCUACUAUUUGCCUAUAGAAUGACUAGCAUGUUUCUUAUAAUGGAAUAUACAGGUUUUCUAUUGCGAUAAAAUGCAAAAAAAAAGAAUUAUGAUGUAUAUUGCAUUUAUCAAACAUGGACAUGAUAAAUUGAAAAAAACAUCUAUAUUUGUGUAAAAAAUGAAUAUUUUUACAUUUUACACUUACUAAAAGUGCCUAGUUAGUGUUAUAAUUUAUUGUAAAUAGCUGUACUGCUUUUCAUCUAAAUGUGUUGUGAUUUUUUGUACCCUUUCUUUCAUAUUAUUAUAAGUGACAUCUCAAAAAUAUUGCAAUUGCAUUAAUGUAGUCCUAAAUUAAUUGAUCUCUAAUAUUUAACACAUUGUCCAUAUUGUAAUGUGAUUUGAUGGCCAAGUAUGAAUCUCAGACCAUCAGCAACUUGUAUUCAGAAAUUAAAAUGCGAUUUGAAAUAAAACUGCAUAAAAUGCACUACUGAUAAGAAAGUGUGAUUUUUUUAAUGCUUUUUUCAUUUAUCUAUUAUGUAUGCUGAUAUAUCAAUUUGGCCAUAUCCUUUAUCAUUUGUGUAUUUAAUAAUAUUUAAUUCAAACUCGAAAGUUUUAUUUAUAAAAAAUUGCUUUGCCCCUAUAUGAUACGCUAGUCGUAAUGUUGUGUUGCUUAAUUUAUUUGAAUGUUUCUAAAAAAUUAUGAUAAUGAAUAUAAAAUACGCAAAAAUCUUAUAUUUUUAACAAGUACAUAGUUUGCGUGGAAAAUUUUGAUUAUAUAAGAAAUUUAUAAAUACAUUUAAACAAUAUACCUAACUUUAUUGACGUCAGCAUUGUAUAUAAAGAAGCCUUAGAGUAGCUAAUAUUAUUAGAAGCAGUCCAUACUCUAAUUACAUUAUUUUAUACAUAAUAGCAAAUAAAAUUUUGCUUCUAUGUACAGAAUUAUGUUUAAUGAAUGGAUUUGAAAAUGGUUUGUUGAAUCUUUAAAAUAAAUAUUUUGAGAUUUAUCUUGACAAGCCAAACAAAUACCUUUGUUGAGAAGUUGUAUCAUAAUAAUUGGCAAUUGUCUAUCUGUGUGACAGUGAUUCAAUGUAAUGAAUAGCGGCAAUAAUAAUAAUUUAACUAAUUAAUAGCUGUGUUGAUAAUAUUGCAUGAUUAUUAUGGUAUUUAACAGUAAAAUUAAAUGAAUAAUGUUUUCAUUACCUAUAUAUUUUGAAGAAUUUCUUUAAUUAAAAUGUAUGUAGGUAGUUUAAGACCUUUGUUGUGUAGCUUUAUGAUUUUUUCUAAAUAUUAUUGAAUUAUCUGAAGUGAGAGAUUGUGUUGACUACAUGGCAGAUAUUUUUUGUACAAUUUCCAAAAUUAAUUCUACCUAUUUUGAUUUGAUACUUGACCUUGGAAGAUACUUAUGUGAAGUGAUAUACAAAUUCUUAACUUACUCUUGUAAUCUUGAUCAAAUUUAAAUGGCAUUUUUUUUUUAUAAAACUAGAAAAUUUUAUAAAACUUGUGACCUUAUGUCAUAGGUCUUCGUGAUUUCAAAGAAUUUUCAUAAUUAUUAUGAAAAAUUACAUUAUAAGCAAUAAAAAUGAUAUCAAUGUAUGUAUUAUCCCAGUUACCUGUGUGAAGAAUUUGUGAUAAUGACUGAUGAAAUUCUUAUUUGUAACAUAUCCUAAUUGGGCAUAAACCUCAAUAUUUUCACCUGUAUAGUUGAUUUUAUGCUCGGUUUUUUCAUGUAAUUCCUUAUAUUGAAUUAGGUUAAAUUGUAAAUAUAUAUAAAUAU